AUGGGUAAAAUCGAUUAUUUUUUCCCUAAUAAAAAACUAUCGGCGUAUUACCAUUGGGUCUCAGGUCUCUCGCACCUCGCAGACUUCCGUUGCCACUGCUUCCUUGUUGCCGCUUGCUCGUCGGAGCCCAGAUCGUCGUCGCUUGCUGGAGCCAAGCCUUGUUCGAGCUUUCGUAGUCGCAACCUGUCGUUUCUGGGCUCAGCCCGUCGCUCUAUUACAGUACGACCACGACCUUCAGAAUUAGAGUUUCUGAUCAGUGAUUAUGGACUUAUGUGCCCUUCUCGGCUGGGAAUAGGCGUGUUACCCUCUGGUCUCAGUCCCUCACACCACUUCGCAGAUUUCGGUCGCCACUGCUUCCUCGUGGCCGCUCGCUCGCCGGAGCCAAGUCUUGUUCGAGCUUCGUAGUUGGCAGCCUGCGCCUUCUGGUUUCAGUCCGUC